GGGCUGUCAUGUGAUCGGCCGGGCCUGGCGGGGGAUGGCGGCGCACCUGAGCUCGGGCCGCGUGAACCUGACGGCGUUGCGGGAGGCCGGGCGCAGGGAGCUGCGCGAGUUCCUGGACAAGUGCGCGGGCUCCAAGGCAAUAGUGUGGGAUGAGUACCUCACAGGACCCUUUGGAUUAAUUGCACAAUACUCACUUUUAAAGGAACAUGAGGUGGAGAAGAUGUUCACCCUCAAGGCGGGCCGUCUGCCCCCAGCCGAUGUCAAGAAUAUUAUUUUCUUGGUCAGGCCCAGACUAGAGUUAAUGGAUAUAAUUGCUGAAAAUGUGCUCAGUGAAGACAGAGUUCGCUCUCCGCUGAGGGACUUCCACAUCUUGUUUGUGCCCCGUCGCAGCCUGUUGUGCGAGCAACGGCUGAAGGAUCAGGGUGUUCUGGGAUCCUUCAUUCAUAGAGAGCAGUACAGUUUGGACCUCAUUCCAUUUGAUGGAGACUUGCUAUCCAUGGAGUCUGAAAGUGCAUUUAAAGAGUGUUACUUGGAGAAUGACCAGACAAGUCUGUACCAAGCAGCCAAGGGACUGAUGACCUUACAGGCGCUCUAUGGAACUAUCCCACAGAUCUUCGGGAAGGGGGAUUGUGCACGGCAUGUGGCUAACAUGAUGAUCAGGAUGAAGCGAGAGUUCCCUGGAGGCCAGAACUCAAUAUUUCCCAUCUUUGAUACCCUCUUGUUGCUUGACCGCAAUGUAGACCUGUUGUCGCCUCUAGCUACUCAGCUUACAUAUGAAGGCCUUAUUGAUGAAAUAUAUGGAAUUCAAAAUACUUAUGUGAAACUCCCUCCUGAAAAGUUUGCUCCUAAGAAACAGGGUGAGGGUGGCAAGGAUCUCCCCACAGAACCGAAGAAGCUUCAGCUGAAUUCUGCUGAGGAGCUGUAUGCUGAAAUUCGAGACAAGAACUUCAACGCUGUGGGGUCGGUGCUAAGCAAGAAAGCCAAAAUCAUAUCUGCAGCCUUUGAGGAAAGACACCAUGCUAAAACAGUUGGGGAGAUCAAGCAGUUCGUUUCACAACUGCCACACAUGCAAGCAGCAAGAAGUUCUCUAGCAAACCAUACCUCGAUUGCAGAGCUAAUCAAAGACAUUACUACAUCAGAAGAUUUCUUCGAUAAUUUAACAGUGGAACAAGAGUUCAUGUCAGGAAUAGACACUGACAAGGUCAACAAUUACACUGAAGAUUGCAUUGCUCAAAAACAUCCACUGAUCAAGAUAUUAAGGCUAGUUUGCCUGCAGUCAGUGUGUAAUAGUGGACUCAAGCAGAAGGUUUUGGACCAUUAUAAAAGAGAGAUUCUCCAGACUUACGGCUAUGAACAUAUAUUGACCUUAAACAAUCUGGAAAAGGCUGGACUCUUAAAACUUCAGACAAGCAGUAGAAACAACUACCCAACAAUCCGGAAAACCAUGCGGCUAUGGAUGGAUGAUGUUAAUGAACAGAAUCCAAAUGAUAUUUCAUACGUGUACAGUGGUUAUGCUCCAUUAAGUGUGCGUCUGGCACAGCUGCUUGCUCGCCCAGGGUGGCGUAGCAUAGAAGAAGUUUUAAAGAUGCUCCCAGGACCCCACUUUGAAGAGAGGCAGCAGUUACCUACUGGCCUUCAAAAAAAGCGUCAACAGGGAGAAAACAGAGUAACUUUGGUGUUCUUUCUGGGAGGCGUGACGUAUGCUGAAAUUGCUGCACUGAGGUUUCUUUCUCAGAUGGAAGACGGAGGCACAGAAUAUGUCAUUGCCACCACUAAACUAAUCAAUGGCACAAACUGGAUCAAAUCCCUGAUGGAGAAACUGGAGCCCCCACCUUUUUAGAAGCUAUGUCAAGAUCCAGUAAAAGGCUUCAGGCUGGCAUGGGGCCUUCAGAAAUGACUGCAGCUAGAGAACAUGAAAUCAUGUUUGCACCAGUGCAUGCAGUGGCUGCACUCUGCUCUCUGUUCUGUUCCUGCUACAUACAGAACUUCCCUAAUAAUUGCGUGACUCUGACAGAGAGAGGAAGGAGGAAAUAAAAAUAAGUAUUAGA